UGCCUGAAAUUAUGAAUAACCAAAAAAUUGUUACCCAGUUUUAAAAAGGCAGUGACAUAAUUAUUCUCCAGGCAUUAAAGAAUUCUAACCAUCUUUGUUUUAAUUUUACUUUUUGACAGGCCCCUCCUUGUGGCUCCCUAGAACUUUGUUAUAUAGAGGCUCCACCCCUAAUCCUGUCCUGUAUCGCAAAACUAAUGUGCACUUCUUGCUUAUUUCUGAAAUCUCAAUUUUAGAAAUAGUACUAUCAAUACUGCCUUGUAGAUUGGGUCCUUAUAAAGGUUCAAACUACAGUAAAACUCACAGGUUAGCAAACGUGGUCUGUCUUCAAAGGUUUGCACACCAGAGAAGCAGUGGUGUUCUGUGGCCUGUGCAAGUAGUUGCUUGUCAUGUGGUCUCUCUUCAGAGGUGGUCUCUAAGCCAGGUUUUACCGUACUCAUUCAAGAUCACUUGUGCUGCUUGAAUUUCAAAGUGAAGUAAUAAAAUGGGAGUGAUUGUAUAGUAAAGGCAGGUGUUCUAAAGAAAAGUAAAUGAUUUUUUUUUAAACAAAUCUUUGAGAUGAUUAAAUUUAGGCAUUUGUCCACUUUAAGAAUAUUUUUCUUUCCGGAGCUGUAGCAAAUUCAUAGGAUUAAACCAGAUACAUCUUCUGUCCAUUUAUGGCUCACUGAUUUAAUGGGUUUAGUAGAGAAGGAUGUUUAGCAUUAUCUGUUAAUAUACCAACUCAUCAAAAAGCCAUCUAAAUUAAAGGGUUUUUUUAUGAAGUUCACAGGGAUGUUGAUACAUAUGAGCGAGCAUAUAAGUACAAUGGGAUCAGGAAACAUUCUGAAGUCCUUAAUCAAUUGUAGUUACUUUUCUUUAACUCUAUUUAACUAAUUAUAAUUUAGCUUAAAACACAAUCACUUACACUGUCUAAUAAUGUAAUAAUUAUUUAUUGAGUGCUAACAGCAUGCUUGGUGCUGUACAAAACAGUGAUUGUUAUUUGGUAGGUUUGAUUCCAUUUGCCAUACUUGAGAGAUGGUGUGAACAAAUGUGGAUGAAUUACCAGAAUUACCAGAACUACCAGAAUUGAAGUCAUAAUGCUUGUUUUCAGCUUAAAUAGCAUACACUGUAAAGGCAUAAAAAGACUGACAAUUACCACAGCAUUUCUAAUGUUUGUGGUAAUAAGAGGCAGUGUUGAUAUGAGAUGUCAGUUGGCAUUGGUUAUCAUCUUCUUCCUGUGCCAAACAAUUGGUUCAUAAGAUUUCUAGGGAUCAGAAAAAUCAGUGUUCCUAACUUUCACAAUUUUAUCACACACCUUGCAAUACUUGCUGAUCAUCUUAAAGUCCCAUCUCCCAAAGUCAUGAGAAUUUCAGGUUAUUUAUUUUUUUUAUUUAUUAAAUAAAAGAGUACUUCUUGGGCUUGCAGAGAAAAUCUUGAAAAUGGGACCUGCUUGCAAAGGAUCAAGAACCAGAAGGAAAACAAAAGUACCCACGGGAUUCUUUUAUUCUAUUAUUUUUAAAGGCCCGUGAUUUUUAAGCCACUGAGGAUUUUCUGCGGCCGGACUCCUGACUUUCGACUACUUGGGGCUGGGAAUACUAGAAAUUGGGCAAUUCCAGAAACAGUCCAGAGCCCGGACUUGGGGGCGGAGGUUUUUCGCGGUCCUCUAACGUCCCAGCCACGAACUGAUCAGGAACAGCGGGUGCCACUUGGGGGCAGCGGACGAGCUGGAGCCAGGCGACGCAGACGGACGGUGCCUCCACGGUUAAGACGACUUGCAAAGACAAAACAGGCUACGUGGGCUGCGCCCUUGCCUUGCGGCCCGGAGCGGAGGGUUUCUGCCUCAGCACUGGCCGCCCUGGGGGUGUGCAGCGGUGCGGGGGCAGCCGCCGAGCCCGCCUCCGGCUGCACCCCACCCGGAUUCUGCCGGUACGCGGGAGAGCCCCGCAGUAGGCCGAAGGGGCAGAUCCCGCGCUGACGCGGGCGGGCGGGCGGGCAGGCACUCCAGGCAGCCACAACCGAGGAGAGGCUGCUGGGAGUCCCAGGGCCGCUAGGGGUCGCUCGCUGCAACGUGCGCUGCGGCGGGUGGUGCGGAACGCGGCAGAGCUCGCGCUUGCCCGGUUGCUGGGGUGACGGGGCGGAAGCGGAUCUUCCUCCGCGCGCCAUUUUCAAACCGCUGGUUCGGCCCCGCUGCCGGCGCCGAGGCCUGCGGAGCCGCAGCCCCCGGUCACCUUGAUUUUGCUGGGAGUGAUAAAACCACUUUUGAAGCAUAUUCACAAUGAGCACGGCUGCAGAGCGAAAGUUUAUUAAUCUCAGGAAGAGGCUAGAUCAGCUGGGCUAUCGACAACCCUUGGGAGUGGAGAGCUUGCCUCUGGUGGAAAAACUUUUCAGUGACCUUGUCCAUACAACAGAGAGCCUGCGUAGUACAAAGUUAUCUGCUGGAAAAAUUGAAAAAGAAUGCAGCAAUUUUGAUGCUAUUCUAGAACCUUAUAAAGCAGAGAAUGCUAAACUCACCAGAGAAAAUAAUGAAUUACAUUUAGAGAUAUUGAAACUGAAAGAACAAUCUGAUCGUCAUGUUAAAGAUUUGAAGGCCACAUUAAGAAAGGUUGAACAUGAGACAGCUGACUUGAAGUUUCUGAAUAAUCAAUAUAUACAUAAAAUUCGAUCAUUAGAGCGAGAUAACAAAGCCAAGACUGAAAAAAUUCAGCAACUUCAGGAGAAGAAUCUACAAGCAGUAGUACAAACUCCAGGUGGCAGGAAAAGAAACAUUCCAUUCAGGCGUCAACUCAUGCAGAUUGAUCAACCUGUCCCUCCUUCAGGAGUCAGCACUUAUCCAAUUCCUCAGCCAGAUGAUCCCUAUGUUGCAGAUCUUCUUCAAGUGGCUGAUAACAGAAUUCAUGAACUUCAGUUGGAAGUAGCUGAAUUGCAGGAAAAGCUGGAGAUAUCUGAACGUGGGGUGAAAAAUUAUAGCAAACAGGUUGAACUGAGAGAUAGAGAGAUAGAACGUCUAGUACUAGCACUGGAUGGUGGUCGCUCUCAUGAUGUUAUAUCUUUGGAAUCCAGAAGUAAAAGUAACGAGAAGCUUAUUGCCCAUUUAAAUUUGCAGGUUGAAUAUCUUCAGCAAACAAAUAGAGAUCUUGAGAAUCGCAUACAAGACCUUUUGGACACCAAACAAAAUGUCACUAGUGAAGUGGUUCAUUUAAGCAAUAAAAAUGAAGAACUAUGCCAAGAACUGAGUGAGAUAGAUCAUUUGGCACAGCAAUUGGAAAGACACAAAGAAAUUGUGCUUGAGACUGCAGAUAAGGAAAUUGGGGAAGCUAAGAAAGAGAUUAAAAGAAAACAUAGUGAAAUACAGGAUCUUGAAGAAACAAUAACGAGAUUUAAGUCAGAGUUAUGUUUGUGUCGGAGAGAAAAAGAGAGGCUGGCUGAUGAACUCUUUGGAAAAGCAGAUGAAAAACAAAAUUUUGAACUAUUGUUAAACCAGCUUGAGCAAGAGAAACAAAGGCUUUCAGAAAAAGUUGAAAACUUUGAAAUUAUAGAACGAGAACUUGUCUUAGAAGUAGAGAGAAUGAGGUUAGAAUAUGGUAUAGCUUUUGGAGACAAGUCACCUUCUCGACUAGAUGCAUUUGUGAAGACUUUAGAAGAAGACAGGGAUUACUAUAAAAGAGAGCUAGAAUAUCUUCAAAAGAUGAUAAAACGAAGAGCUAGCCCAUGCCAUAGGUCUCCAGAAAAGAGUGAAAAUGUGAGGUUGAUCACGAGAGAAAGAGAUGAACUACAAUCUAUGUUGGAUAGAUUUGAAAAACACAUGAUAGAAAUUCAAUCCAAUGUCAAAUUACUGACUGCGGAAAGAGACAAAUUAAAUGUCCUUUAUGAACAGUCUCAGGAUGAAUUAAAUAAGUUAAGAAGAGAGGCAAAGCAUACUUUAGUUUCUCAAAGUCAUGUGGAAGAGGAAAGAGACGCUGCAUUAGCUGACUUCAGAAGAAUAAUGGCAGAAAAAGAAAGUCUAAGGGAGAAACUAAAGGUCCAGCAGGAGGCAACUGCCUUUGAGAAAUCAAAGAUGGAGCGUAACAUUGCAGAACUGGAAAACACUAUUUGUGGGUUUGAAACUCAACAGUUUGAACUGAAGAGUACAAUCUCUGUACUGAAAGAAAGAAUAAACUCUCUGGAAGAUGAAUUAAAAACAAAAUCUUAUAAGCUUGCCCAGACAUCUGAUAACUCUUCACAAUUUAAAGCUGAGUUAUGCUCACUUCAGCUAUUAAAUGAACAACUACAGCGGUCCCUUGAAGAUCUUCAGCACCAAUCCUCUCUUAAAAAGGAUGAACUUCAAUCAGCUCAAGAGGAAAUUGCAAAGCUAGAGGAGAAAAUAGAUAGGUUAAACCAUAAGAACUCUUCACAGGAUGAGACAGUGAAUGUGCUCAGAAGUACCAUUAGUGUCCUGGAUAAGGAAAAGGACAGUCUUCAGGAAACUGUAGAUGAAAAGACAGAAAGAAUUGCAUGUUUAGAUGACAACUUAGCUAACAAGGAAAAAACAAUUGCUAAUUUCAGACUAACUCUGUCAGAACUGGAGUCUUCCAUAAACCAACUAAAGGAGGCGCUGAGUAACAGAGAUCGGGAGAUAGCUAGUCUCCGUCGCCAGCUUGAUGCAUCUCAGGUAGAGCUUGCAGAAACUGGAAGAGUGAAGGAAAUGGCUCUGAAGGAAAACAGAAGAUUACAAAAUGAUCUAGCGAUAAUGACCAGAGAAAACCAGACAGUCACUACUGAACUAGAAGAAGCAAUACAUGAAAAAGAAGAAAUGAAGACUAGAGUUCAUAAUUACAUAACUGAAGUCUCCAGAUUUGAAAGCUUAAUGGCUUCAAAGGAUCAAGAAAAUCAAGAAUUGUUAGAGAAGUUCCGAACGCUCCACAGCCAAGCUGAGGACUGGGAAGUCAAGGCCCAUCAAGCUGAGGGAGAAAGCAGCUCAAUACGUCUCGAACUCCUCUCUGUCGAUACCGAUAGAAGACAUCUACGAGAGACAGUGGAACUUUUAGAAAAAGAAAUUCAAGAGCAUAUCAAUGCACACCAAGCAUAUGAAUCUCAACUCUCUUCAAUUACAAAAAAUAUGUCCAGAUUGGAAGAGGAUCUCAAAUACGAACAAGAAGAAAAGUCUUCUGUAUUAGCUGACCUGGCUUCUGUGAGGGAACUGUGCAUGAAACUUGAGUCUAGCAAAGAACAUUUUUCACGCCAGCUAACAUCCAAAAACCUGGAUUAUGAAAGGGUUCUGGCUGAAUUAGAAGAUAUAAAGUCUGAAGCAGAGCUUUUAAAAAAGCAAUUGUCCAGCGAACGACUUACUAUUCAGAAUCUUGAAACACUGCUGGCUACUAGCAGAGACAAAGAGUUUCAGAAUCAUUUAAAAUCCCAUGAGAAAGAUUCAGAAAUUCAAUUACUUAAAGAUAAGCUAACACUUGCAGAGAGCAAACUAACCAGUCAUAAUAGAGAAGUUUCCAUGCUUCGAAGUAAAGUUGCACAGCUGCAGACUGACUAUGAUGUUUUAAAAAGGCAACUGACAACUGAACGAUUUGAACGAGAGCGCGCAAUUCAAGAAAUGCGUCGACAUGGCCUGUCCACAUCUUCUGUACGUACCUCAUCUCCACUUAGUUCAACAAUGAGAUCUCCUUCCCAUUCUCCAGAGCGCACAAUUGUAAGAACAACCGAUCGAGCAGCAGCAGAAAAAAAUGUGAGCUUCAAGGAAUAACCAUACCUGGGAUAGUCUUAAAACUAAACCAGUAAUAGAAGGAUUAACUUGUUCCAAGGACUUUUGAAAAUUAUGAAGGUUGACAUGAAUUCUACCUCUGACUUUGCUUCAAAUCAGUGAUAACUUGCGAAUGUGUGUGUGCAUGUCAUAGAAUCAGCCUUGCAAAAUUCUGUUCUCCCAUUUAUCUGGGGGUGACAAGGUGUUUCUUUUUGUGUGUGCUUUUCAUUGCCAGUCGAUGCACAAAAUUCAUGCAUUAUAACAAAGUUGCAUGACAGUUUUGCAAAGCUAGUAUAAUAGCUAUAUAAAUUUAUGGUACAAAAGAAGGAAGCUGGGUAAGAAUAACUGAUGUAACAACUUCUGAUGUCUCUGCUUAUUUAAAUUUGCUUAAAUCAGAUAUGGCUUCAGAAAUAUGUACAUACUACAGCAUGAGUGAAUAUUGAACAAAAACAGGUUUGAACUUUUUUUAAAGAUUUGUUAUGCUUCUGGUGGAUUUCCAUGUGUUUUUGAAUUUUUUUACAAGUGUUUUCUGUUUAUGUCAUUGCUUUUAUACACCCCCUGUAUUGUAGUAUGUCAGUUUAUUUUCUGAAUGUAUUAUCCUCGCUGUAGAAUUUUCUUCUUAACAAAGAGUAGUGUCAAAUCAAUAAUUGUAUUUUAUAAAUUUACUUUAUAUGUUAUUUCUAAUAAAAAGAAUAGUCUAGUCUUCUGGAAUACCAUUUAUACUUUUAAAACUUAUUUUGCUAAUGUUAAUGAAAAGUAAUGGGAAUAAGAGAUUUUAAAUUUGUACUGUAUUAUAAUGUACUAAAUAUUACACAAUAGUUCUAUUUUACUUGAUAUGAAUAUUCCCAAACUAAAUCUAGAGAUAUUUUUCAAUUUUUUUUUAAAAGAUCAGAACAAAAUCUGGAAUCGUUCAUACAGUUGAGUUCAAGUUUUUAAAGAGAUGUGACACAGGGCCUUAUUAGGAUACAGAGCUACUAGGUAAGUGUAAUGAGGAUUAAUCUCUUUAAGAAAACUCUGAUAAAUAUGACAGACAAUUAUUAAAAGUUUAGGUCAAAGUAGAUUAUGUACUCUGCUACAUUCAUUUUUUAUAACAUAUUAAAGCUGAUCUAUGUCAGAUAACUGUAUAUUUGGAUUCAUCUUAGUUGUCCUUCUCCAAAAUGUUUAAUUUGGUGCUUAAUAGUGUUUAGUAAUUCAAAAGAUAAUGUGACAAGUAUUUAUUGCUGUUAUGUAUAGGGUUAGAAGGGGAAACCUAUACUGUUAUAAUGCAUCCCUGCUGACUGAUUUACAGCAUUCCAUUCAUAUAACUUUGAAGAAAAUCCUGUACUUCCCAGAUUCCAUUAUGGACAUCAAUAAGGCAUAAAGAACAUAUAAAAUGACAUGGAAGAAUUAAACUUUGAACUUCGCUACACUUGGUCUCCUAUCAACAGUAUUUUGCAAUACGAUUGUGACUUAAUAAAAAUAUAUUUUAUCUGGAAA